CAGAAUGUAAUUCCAACCUCAGCAAAUACUUCAGUCUCAAUUGAAUGAUGUUGAAAACGGAAUUGAUCUCUCACCUUUCCUUAUGGAUAAGUCUUUUCGAUUUAUCCGCUGCACAAAAUCACGCCGGCCUUGCGUGCGUCAGGACUAGCUAUGUCGACGAUGGAAAAUGUUUUGCUUUAGACUUUACCCUCUACAAGCUUGUACCAUUACCUGAAGGGCUAUCCUGCGCUGUUUAUUGCAAAUCAGAAGCCAACAUCUUUGAUGUGUGGUAUCAAACGAUGAAGAAACUCCCAAAUUCCCGUCCUUCUGUCUGCAGUACUGGAUGGGAGCUUAUUGAGUGGUCUUCAUGGACGCCGGACGAGACUUUCAAGGGCAACCCCUCAUCCACUGACUGGCCAAUUGAGUUUCAAGCUCAAUCAACCACACCUGAGGAAAGCCAGUUGAUCAAGCAUAAGCGGGGUGUGGAAGACCAUUGCACAACUCGAAACUCGCAGCAGCAGCUCAGACGCAACAAAGUGGUGUUGAUGGCUGCUUUCACGUAUCAUCUCAUCAUGUCCAUGCAUAGCAUCAACACGCUUCGGAUCACCGUCUUUGAGCAAAUGAGAUCCUUGUCUGGCAGGUUUGGAUUUGCCGCUCUUGUACAAGAUGCAGAAUCACAAUCGCCAACCAGACCAACAGAUCAUUCCAGUCAUGGACCUCAGUCAAGCGAAGCAGGACUAGGAGUGUGCAUCUCUCCAGCGGCCACGGAAGGCACAAAUACGAAAGCGCAGAGCUUGACUCGACUGAAGUGGACCUCGUGUGGAUGUAUGCUGUCCCUAGGGUUCAAUCGUUUGCUGCUGAAAGGGCUCGAUGGCGUCGACCCUGGAUCAUCAACUCAGUAUGUGCCUUCGAAGACUUCGCAAGGGACAUUGCAAAAUUACCGCGCGAUUGGCAUCUGAGGGAGGAUCUCAUCCAACGCAUUCCGAGC